AUGCCUCCACGCCGGACGCGCUCCGUCACGGCGGCCCAGGUCCGCGCUGCCAACACGCGGCGGCGCCAGGACGCAGCAACUGCUGCAGCCGCCGCUGCUGACGCCGAGGAGUUCAAGGCGGAAGACCCGGACUCGGACCACGUCGCGGAGGAGCAGAGCCGGAAUCAGACGCCUCAGAAGCGCGCCAGGGCUGCCUCUAGCCUCAACGCGCAGCCGGAGGACAUUCUAUCAGGCAGCUACUUAUCAGGCGCGGGCCACAACGCCUCCGCGCUCGCCAAGAGGCUCAAGCAGACGUGGGAGACGCUGCAGCACGCUCCAAGCAGGCAGCAGCAGCGAGAGGACGGCGUGCUGGACGCCCAGGCGGCCCAGAGGCUGCAGCUGGUGGCCGCCGAGCUGCUGCAGGAGAAGCUGCUGAGGCACCAGGACAGGAACGUCAAGUCGCUGGUGGCCUACUGCCUCGUGGAAAUGAUGCGCGUGUCGGCGCCCGACUCGCCCUUCAGCUCCAGCGAGGAGCUGUACCGAGUCUUCAAGCUGCUGUGCGACCAGCUGAGGGCUCUUUCCCUGGUGCAGUCCAGCGGAUUGCAUUGCUAUCACGUGCUGGAGAGUUUGGCUACUGUGAAGUCGUGUCUGCUGGUGGUGGGGCUGGACUUUACUGUUGAAGAGCAGGAGGACGUGAUGAUGGUACAGUUGUUCCAGGCACUUUUCGAUACUAUUGGAGAGAAACAUCCCGCCAAGAUGGAGAAUUUGAUGCUGAGUAUCAUGGUGGCGUGCAUUGAGGAGAGCGAUGGAGUGGAGCAGCCGCUGCUAGAUGUGAUUUUGAGACCGUUGCUGGAUGCAGCAGCGGAGGCGAGUGGAAAGGACGGAGAGGAAGAAGCUGCAGUGAAGAGGACGUCAUGCCACUUGGCACGGGAGUUGAUUCGACGAACCAGUGAACUCCUGCAGAACCCGCUAUCGAACUUUUUCAACAGCAUUUUGAUUGACGCGCAGAGCAGGUUGGGCUCGCAGAAGUCAUCUGAGCUCAAGGAACAUGUGUACACACUGAUCUAUGAGGUGCACAAGAUUAACCCGUCGCUGCUGCUGUAUGUGCUCCCUAAUGUGUGCCUGCAGCUUCAAGUGGACGAGGUCGCUACGAGGUCAGAGGCGAUUGCACUGAUGGGGAAGUUGUUCGCGUCCUCACACGCGGACUAUGGGCAUCAGUAUAUGAAGAAUUUUCGUGAUUUCUUGGGCCGCUUUCGUGACGCUAGCAAGGAGAUCCGUCUGCAGAUGAUUAAAGUAAGUGCGCCUAUCUGGGAACAGAAGUCUGACUUGGCUGGCCUUUUGGAGAAGGAAUUUAUCUUGCGGUUGAGCGAUCCGGAGUGGGAAGUACGCCAGAGUGUGGUCCACGAGCUGUGCGACCUCGCGGCUAACCGUUUGGAUCUCAUCAGUGAGGAGUGUCUUCGCGCAGUGGGAGAACGGAUGAAAGACAAAAAGGUGAUACUGAGGAAGGAAACGAUGACUGGUCUCAGCCAGGUAUUUAGUACUCACAUUUCCUCGAGCUGGGAGGAAGAAGAUGACGAGGACGACGACAGACCUUUGUCUCUUGCAAAUCGCAAUAUCCCCGGUGCUACCAUUAAGAAGCUGGGCUGGAUCCCUGAUUACGUGCUGAAGUGCUUCGCGUACCCCCAACAAGAACUCAAGCUCCGCGUGAUUCAGCUUCUGGAUGAUUUCCUUCUGCCCAAGAACCUGUCCGAGCGAACUCGUGCGAAUGGAUUGCUAUUUAUUUACCACUCGUUGGAUGUUACGUCGAAGGAAGCUUUGCGGCGAGUCUUCAGCGAGCGCGCCAAGUGCCAGGAGAUAUGCAGUACUUUCGUAGCAUUCAAGGUACAGAACCGCCACAAGGGUCGCGCCACUGAGGCUGACGAUGGCGCGCUGGAGAAAGCAAAGCAACAGCUCUACGAUGGACUAGCCCCGUUGUUUUCGGAUGUCACUGGCUUGAACAAGUUGCUGGAAAGACUAUCUAAAUGGAAGGACCACAGUGUCUUCAAGCACAUGGGGGAGCUGUGCGACUUCUCGAAGAGUCAGAGCAAAAUCCGACACGAGCGAGACCAGUUGGUGCGUAGCGUGGGGUCAAAAACACCGUUGGGUGAGUUCCUGAAGAAGCUGUGCCGAAAACUAUCGCUGCUGACAAUGAAUCAGGCGUCCGUCGCUGCUUUCUUGGACUUCUUAGUCGCGAGAGAAGGACGACCGUCGAGGGAAAAUCGCAGUUUGGUAGAUCUGCUGGUGAUGGCCUCCGGGGAAUUGCCGAAACUAUUUGCCCCCUUUAUCCGAGAGAAAGUCGCGUCAGUUUUGGUUGAAAGCGUGGACGCUAGUGCGGAUCAAUCUGGCACUAGUGAUGAAGACGAUGAGGAGGAUCCUUUACUGAAAGACCCAAGAGUGAUUCUCGGAUGCUUGCACAUUCUUGCGAAUUUUUCACAGCACUGGUCGGCGACUAUCGGCUUGGGAGAGAAUGCAUCAGUCGAAGAGGAUAGUAGUACGCCAUCUGCAGAAUUAAUGGAGCAGCUUCACAAUUUCUGCCUCGGAGACAGUGACGUUGAGGCUCAGAAUUUCAAUUCUGCGAAGGAGAGUCGAGCUGCAGAGCUGGCGGCAUUUACUGUCGCACAUUUUUACGGAAGAGCGGAUGCAACUUCUCGGUUGAUUGGAAAACUGUGUUCAAAGGAAAAGCUCGGCUCUCCCAAAGUUUCUGGAGUGUUGCCUGCGUUGCAGAGCCUGGAGGUGUUCGCUAAGCGAAGUGGCCAUGUAUUCUGUGCUGACAGUUCGUCGCUCCCACAUCUGUGGGCACACCUACUGGAUGACAUCAUUGGCGAAGGUGAAAACACUCCUACACCAGGCACGCCCGGUUCAAGAGAACGCAGCCAGAAGGGUGGUAAAUCUGCGGCAUCGAAGCUAGCGGAGGCUCGCUGUUUGGCCAUUAAGGUCGCAGUAAAUCUGCUUGUGUACUGCCGUCCCGCUAGAGGCCCAUCAGACUCGCGCGUGGAUGGCACGAUACUUGUUAAGCUGUUGCUGGAAAUCUUACGUUCAGACGGGAAGACGUAUGGAUCGACACCAACUCUUGCUGCCCUAUUCAGGGCAACUGCAUCGUGUGGUCUCAUUAAAAUCAUGCGCAAUCGUCAUCUGGAGGCUUCGAUUUCAGUCGCAGAGUGGCAGCUACUCGGCUUCACGAUGCAAGAUUCAAGUGAAGACGUUCGGCGCAAGUUCUUGAAGAAAUUGACGUCGCACCUAAUGAAGCAACCCGUGCAGCACCCGCACAAAUACCUCAGUUUUUUGGCGUUAGCUGCUGCGGAUUCGAGUAUCACUGUGAAGAGAACCGCACGGAAUCUGCUCAAGAUUGCGGUUGAACGUAUGCGACGCAUGUUUGACGCUGCAUCUUCGCGAGAAGCAGAGGCGAUCAAUAGCCCCGGAACUCCUAGUAUGAGUGCACUCAUGGUUCCCGAGUACGCGCUGCCAUACGUCAUUCAUUUGCUGGCGCAUCAUCCAGAGUUCCCGGUCAAGUUGGUGGAGAGAACCCCGACUGUGGUAGUUUUGCAAAGCGCACUGUGGACGGAUCAAUUGGCAUAUCUGGGCUUCUUCCUGGAUGGUUUGGUGUCUACCAAUGCGGCGGCAGCAGAUAACAUUGCGUUUCUGCUGCAGAUGUUGACCAAGCUUUCCCAAUGCCACGAUGCGACAUCUCCCGAUGACAUUAACAUUUAUCCUCUGAUUGACAGCGCCGUCGCUUUACUGAAGAAGAAGAUUAAGAACCAGUCGAAUCUGAAGCCGUUCCCAGGUAAAAUCUUCCUGCCGAAGCAUUUAUACAGUCCCGGCAGACCAAGCACACUUGCAACUCCUGGCGGAAGGAAGGAGCCUGAGGGUCCUGAAUCGCUGGGGCAAACGACUCGUGGCCCAAGACUUAGCGUAAGUGCAUCCGUCGUUACACUUGACGUCCAUUUUGUUCAUGUUGCUCACCCGAAUGUUGUAAUUUUAUCCACAGACAUCGCUAUCUCCAAUCAAGCCGAUGGACUUUGCUGCGCAUUUCAUGAAGCUAAAUUCUCCUCCUGGAAGCUCCUUGAAAGUUUCCUCGAAGAAGCGCAAGCGGAAGUUACUCAAGGCUGA